UGUCUAUCUACAGAAAAAUCUUAUUUAUAGAAAAGUUAUACUCCAAAUAAUUGCCUAUAAAGUUUCUUCUCAUCAUUUACAUGCAUUUGCUCCAAAUUCAGAAAAUACAACGGUGAAAGUAAAAGUUUAGCGAAGAUGCAGGCCAUCAAGGAGAAGAUAAAUGACUUGAAGGAAAUCCGAAAAGCCAAGGCUGAAGCAAAAGAGGGGGAAAAAGCAGAGAGAGAGCUAGCAAGAGCUCGACUGGAGGUGGCUCAUGAGGUGAGGAUGGCGAGGGAGGCUGAGGCGGCGAUGGAUUAUCACGUCCAGAAAGCGGCGGAGAAGGCGGCGGAGCACGAGAAGAAGUUCCCUCAGGAUGGGUUAAGGGCCGAGGAUGGCGUCUCUCCUGAAUCUCAUGGCCGGGCCAUGGCCAAUUCUUCUGAACCACCUGCGCCUUAUUCAUCUGAUCUUUACAGCGGCGGCGCCGCCCCCGAUUCCGGCCACAACAAGGCCAAUUUCAUCGACGCAGCCUCCUCUCCCUCGGAAGCCGCCGCCCCACCAUCGCAGAACAAUUUUCUGUAGACUCAUCAUCCAUUUCCAUCCGCAUAUAUAUAAUUUCUCAUCAUGAAUAAAUUAACUUGUGCAGAUGCAUUGCUUUUUGCAAUCAGCUGCUGCCAUAUUUUUACUUUUUUUUUUGGUUUGAUUUUAAAGUAGCUGCUGCUGGGCCGUUGGGUUUGCUAUGAAAACCAGCUUCUGUAUUUGAGAAUUGUAUUUUGUUGUGGUGCGUGUCCUCGUAAAAUAGUUAAUUAGUCAUGCAAAUUAACGAAGUAAAAUCAAAGAUGUAAUUAAAUCCUUUGUUCAGGAAAAACAUUUUAUUUUGUCAUUU